AGCAUACAGCAGCGGUGGUCUCUCGAUCAGUGCAGUUGAGCGAGACAUGGGUUGGUACCCACCGGUGUAUCCUGAACUCAUCUUACGGGCUGCUCUCUAGACGAGCAACAGCAGCCAGUGCUAGCGUAAAGCCGGUUAAAUCUAGAACAACAAAAUAGCUGUCGUAAGAGUUUGUGGGGCGUAGGAUGGGUGAUUGCAGUCUCAUUCCAGAUUGGAAUUCUCAGAACGGAAGGAAGGCACCCUCUGAAACGGCUCCCCUCCCAAUUCACGUUACCCCUGAAAUCGGAUUAAACAGGCUUUCGGAAUCUGGUAUGAUUUUUUAUGCCUCACAAUGAAGACCGAGAGGCCAAAAGAGGGAACCAGACGAUGCCACCACAAUGGCCGAAGUAAAAUACUGGCGUUGCGCUCUGCCAGCGAUAAUCGUCUGCCUGGACCUGUUCUUCAUCGCCUACUACAUGGACAGUCCCUACCUCAAGGGGAAGCUGCUGCCGUUGCCUCUGCACUACACGCAGAGACAGAUCUCGUCCUUCUUCUACAAGUCUCCGCAUCCGAACAAGUACUUCGACCAGAACUGCUACUACUACGACGACCUCAAAGCAACGUUCCUUUGCAACGGCCCCUACUUCAGAUUCACCAAGGAGCUCAUUUUCGAGUGUGCAUCCAAGCUGUGGAACGCCACAAGGAACCCAAAAGAACCCGACCCCUGGCAAAAAAGAGAGACGGCACCCGAAUCGAAUGCUUCUGCUGCUGCAGCCUUGAGUCAGCGUCCCGCCGUCCACAUCCUGUUGGUGGGCGAUUCCCACAUCAGGUACAUCUUCGAGGUUCUCGUGAGACGGAUCGCCACCCCGGAGAUUAAAUACAGGAUUGCAAGUUUUGAGAAGGAUACCUGGAAGGACGUCUACGUCAUGAUGUCCAAGAAGCGCAGAACCAUCCACGAGGAUUACCACGAGGUCGUUCACCUCGGGGUCCCGCUGAGGAUCACUUACAGGUGGAACGCCUUCCUGGAGGAUCUGCCGUCCUCCCUGGAAUCCUGGAUCGCUGGAAAGGCGCCGCGGCCGUCGUUCCUGCUCUUCGGUACAGCUCUGCACUUCAUGAGGGAGUCGGAGGAGGUGUACCGUGCGUACGGAGCUCAGAGGGCCUCCGAGAGGUACGCAGAACACCUCAAGGUUUUGGCGCCCCUGGUGAAAGAAUUCGCUAAAAAGACGCCUACGGUUUUCAAGUUACUGGACCAUUUACAGAGACACCCGAGGAACAUCAUCGCCAACAACGACAACAUCGAUCUGUACAAUAAAAUUGCUCGGGAGACGUUUUCUGGCGACCACGUAGUGCUGUGGGACAGCGCCCAGCCGCUGUCCGACCUCUACAACGAAGACUGCCGAAAAAACAACAAAGUGACGCCUGAGACAGAUAUGUGGAUCUGCAACGACAAGAGACACAUCGGAUACAUCAUGAUCGAACAAUACCUCGAUAUGUAUCUUAACGACAUUUGCAGUAAAGUAGGUUCCUGAAAGAGACAUCAAGGAAGUUUCAGUUAUCCGGUCACAGACUGCCACCGUUACAGGAAAUAUUGAGUAAUGAUCGUUGCCUUCUGAAUUGUUAUUAUAUGGAUAAUAUAUCUCAUCAGAUGGGAAAAUGUUCUGAUAUUCACGAAGGUCGAGAACAGUCCUCAAACCGAGUGUCUUCAAGAAGCCUUAGAAAGCUGGGAUUAUGCUGCGUGCCUUGUUUCAAAACUAAAUAAAAAUAUAAUGUGAUUAACAGAGUUUAUC